CUCCCCGUUAGAAUUUUCUAGCUCUCCCAAUCUCCAUGGUAACCGUAGAUUCGAUUUCCAGAUUUAGCUUUCUCAGUGGAGACUGUAUUAUCUCAAGAAGUUUAAGUUAUGGCGUUUUCUUCUCGAUCAAAAACAACUUUUGGGCUUCCACCAAGAAAGGAGUCUCCAUCAGAACUCACUUUUGACUUGAACAGCUUCGUUCGUCAAGCUCCUCACGAUGAAAAAGACAAACCACUGAACACGGCUCAACAAAGAUUAUGGCUUGACAUCACUCAACUGGAUACAACACAGUUGGAGCAAAUUGACGAUAAAUACAACAGCAACAUGUGGAAGAAUUUCAAAUUUGUUCGCCCAAAAGACAGUGCUGAUCGUGAAAGAGGACGAAAUUCACUGCAGUACCCAGAUGGUAUGAUUGCAGAUAUUUAUCCCUUGUCUGUCCCUAAACCAUCGCGAAUCGGUGACCAUACUUACCAGAAAUUCUUGCAAGAGGUGAAAUUGCCGCCCACGACACAGAAAAUAGUCGGAUGGCAGAAAAAGGGAAAGCAAGAAAUACAGUCAAGAACGUUACAAGUACAAAGCGAAUGUCGUGCACCGCCAUUAGACUGGGAGGGAAAUAUUUUACCCCCAGCAAAAUACAAAAGAUAUCCACGAAUGGAAACUUUACUGUCGCCGGAUCAAUUCGUUGCGUUUUAUCCGUCCUACAGUUCACCAUUUCCGAGGAAAAUACCCUCGAUGCCAUCCAGUUCGCUUUACUCUCUGUCUAGACAAGGAACUCCAUGGCAUUAUGGAUUACGGGUUAGAAGGCCUCAAUACGAUGGAGGCGUUGGAUAGUGGAUAGCUUACGAACGAAUAAACGGCUCAUAUGCGCCAAGAUUCCAUACAGGUGUUGAUUGACAGCAGAAGGCAGAACAAAGUUAAAGAGGAUUUGAUUACGGCGAUGGUAGUUACAGUGAAGACAAGGAAUAACGUCAAACAUCGUUUGCCAUAGAGCCACAACUGGCGGGCCAGAUCGCUCCAUUCAGAGAGACAAUUCCAUCACUAAUCAGAGCAGAUCAGUCAAUUUCUAACUAACAUCCACAAUUAAAAAUGAUUUCAAUUGAAAACAAUUUAGUGGCCAGUGUUAAUUUUGAAAUUGGCUGAUCUAAUUCAAUUUGGAUCAAUGGUGUGUACACUUGAGCAAUGUAACUCAUAGAGUAUGAUGAACCACAUCUUGUAACUCUUUCUCCAGUCAGGAAAGCCUAAGUGUAGCCAUACCCUCCUCCCCAAGGAGAAAUGAAAGAGAGGGUUCCUUCCCUUCUGCUUCUCCUUGGGGGAAGGGGAGGAGGAAAUGGUAAAGCUACAGGUAAGCUUCAAUAGGGAUGGCUGUGUAAAGGAUUUUGACAACCAAAAGUUCAAGCUGUUAACAGCCCACAGAUGAACAAGAAUAACUAACAGCAUUGGUAAACUGUGAAGAAAAUGCUUCUGUGAGCAGUAGCAAGACAAUUAUCUUGUGAGGAUCACUAAAGCCAUAGUCCUUAAUAGUUUGGGUAAUGUUGUUCUCCUAGCCUGAAAGGAACUGAGGAACAGUUGCCACAGUUUAGUUCUUUACAAUAACAUUUUUGUGCAUCUCAGAAUGAUCCUGAUUUUUUCAUUGGGAGAAGGGAAUAAGAAUCUUCACAGAUUAGUUUCAUGCAAAAUAGUCAUCACAUUAUCACAGAGUACAACUCUAGUUUAUUUAAGGAUUCUGAGUGAUGACUAAAAAAUGUCUGCACAGAAUAUAGGAGAGAAAAUGGUUGUCCUCAAUUCUGCAAUCCAUCUCAAUAUUACAAAGAAUUAAGUUAUUUACAUUGUUGGCCUCC